AUGAUGAAUGCAGGCCGGGGCGCCGCAGCGCAUCGUGUCCUAUUUCAACCUGAACUCCUCGAGAUCAUCCUUAGCCAUCUCACGACUCCUCAAUUGUCGCUAUGUCAAGGCGUGUGCGGCAGAUGGAGAGACGUUAUUCAAACUUCGCCUAAAUUACGAUGGAACUUAUUUGAACUCGCUUCACCUCCGCACACGUACGGUAAACCCUCUCCAAAGACUCAAACGGCUACUUGCAGUUCCGUGGGAUACGAGUUGCAUCCUUCCCUCGUACCCCUCCGCUGGCAUAUCAAUUCUGACGGUGAUACUAACUCGGUCGAGUAUUGCUGGCCGGAGCGACCUGGCACGCAAGAUGCUCCAGCCUACACUUACUUCGCCACGCGUCCGGCAAGAAAGCAUAUGAAAUUGAUUGUGUCAUCGAAGACAUCCUGGCAGUGGUUUACCCUUGCUUUCGAAAACGAGGCUAGAGAGGAGGGGAUUACGAUUGACGAAGUCGUCAAGGAUCAACGCAUGGUACAUCUGAGGGAUACGUUGGAGAGGACUGAGUACGGUGUUUACGACGCUUUUUUCAGUGGGGAGAGUGGAGCGUUGAAGCUGACGUUGGCGAGUUACUCAUGA